AUGUUAGCAGCAGGCCACCUUGUCCCAUCCUACCUCCCUGAGGACGACGGCGACCUGGGGGCGCUGUGCGACACGGUGCUGGCAGUCCAAAAGCUCAAGCUGCCAGUCCAUGGCCAGGUGUUGGCGGUGCACUCGGGCCAUUUCCGCAAGCUCGUGGCUGAUAUGAAGGGCAACAAGGCCUCUCAUGAGAACGGGAGGAUGGUCAUUCCGCUGGAUGACUCAGUGUCUGUGGACGACGCUGUCCUGAUGCUGUCGUUCGUGUAUGGAAAACGGAUAAAGGUUGACACGGCCGACGAGGCGAGCCGGUUGGUCUCCCUUGGCGACCGGUACGACAUCCCCGCCCUGCUGCGCCUCUCCGUGUCCAGCAUGAACGCCCGCCCCAACGCACUCUACUUCGUCCGCCCGCAGACUGGCUCCCAUGCUGAGCCCUGCCUGGAUGCCGGCCAUUGGCUGGCCAUAACCGACCGCCUGCGGGCCCAUCCUCAGUGGCGCGACUUGGCCGGGCUUGAAGAAUUGCGCACCCAAUGUCUCUGGACGAUCACCAAAGAUUUGUUGCUCAAUUGUGAUGCCAUGCCUGGGAAGGAAUCCAAGGCGCUGUUGUCGGUGCUGGAUGAGCAUGGGGUGUCGGCGAGCAGUGUCGGGGAGGCCGCGAUUGCGUUGGCAAGUUUUGGGAUGGCGAAUUGGAGGCGGGAGAGGAGGGAGCCAUACCAGACGUUUGUGGAGAGACACCUGCCGGAUGCAAAGCGGCAGUGCUGCGAGGUGUUGAGGAGGUUUCACAGGGGGUAG